AUGGAAAGGCAUUUUCAGUGCAACAAUGAAACUGGCCACAUACAACUACUUCAUCUUCAUGGUGAUCGGUAUGCAAAUGCACAAUGUUUGAGAGGUCCAUUCAUCAAUCUCACUUCAUUGAUUGACUUGCAUAACAUUCAACAUCUGGAUCUCAGCAAUAAUUAUUUUCGGGGGAGUCACCUUCCAGAAGAACUCAUGGGCUCCUUGGCCAACUUAACAUAUCUCAAUCUCUCUUAUUCUCUAUUCAGUGGCAUGAUUCCAUCUACACUUGGAAAUCUUUCACAACUACAAUAUCUAGACCUCGGAGGGAAUUAUCUCGGUGGAGUAAUUCCUUUUCAGAUUGAGAAUCUCAGACAGUUACAAUAUCUUGAUCUCGGACACAAUUAUCUUUCGGGAGAAAUCCCGUUUCAAAUUGGGAAUCUCAAACAGCUACAAUUUCUUAAUCUUGCAAGUAACACUCUUUCUGGAGCUAUCCCUUUUCAGACUGGAAAUCUUCCUCUCUUGCAUACACUCCGGCUGGGUGGCAAUUUUGAUAUAAAAGAUAAGGAUGCAGAGUGGUUCUCUAAUCUCUCUUCCUUAACCACUCUUGAAUUCACUUCAUUACACAAUCUUGUUGCCUCUCGUCACUUGCUACAGACUAUAAGUAAGUUUAUUCCAAACUUAAGAGAGAUGAGGCUUGUUAAUUGUUCUCUCUCAGAUGCUGAUAUCAAAUCCUUCUUUUAUUCUUACUCCAACUUUUCCACUUCUCUUACCAUCCUUGAUUUUUCUUCUAAUCUGCUAACGUCCUCAACGUUUCAUUUGUUAUCUUCUCUUUUUCCAAAUUUUCCAUCUCUUAAGAUCCUUGGCCUCUCUUAUAAUAAUCUUUCAUCAUCAAUAUUUCAAGGUAAUUUUAAUUUUGGAUCAAAACUGAAAGAGCUUCAUUUAGAAAACUGCAGUCUUACAGAUAGAAGUUUUACUGUUUCAUCUACUUCCACAAUGAAUUCCUCAUCUUCUCUUCUCUACCUUGAUCUCUCCAAUAACUUGCUGAAAUCAUCCGAUAUAUUUCAUUGGAUUUUUAACUUCACCACCGAUCUUAAUACUCUUUACCUUAAUGGUAACUUGUUAGAAGGUCCGAUUCCAGAUGUAUUUGGAAAAGCAAUGAACUCUCUUGAAGUUAUUCAUCUCUCCUAUAACAAACUACAGGGCAAGAUUCCAUCUUUCUUUGGGAACAUGUGCAAAUUGCAGAGAUUAUACCUCUCAAAUAACAAGUUGAAUGGGGAAAUUUCUAGUUUCUUUCAAAAUUCCUCAUGGUGCAACAGACACGUAUUUCAGACUUUGGAUUUAUAUUAUAACCAAAUUACUGGCAAGAUACCUAAAAGCAUCACAUUGUUAUCUGAAUUGGAGAAGUUAUACUUGGAUGGGAAUUCUUUAGAGGGUGACGUCACUGAAUCUCAUCUUUCUAAUUUUUCUAAAUUAAAAUAUUUGUACUUAUCACGAAACUCAUUGUCUCUAAAAUUGGUCCCUAGCUGGAUUCCUCCAUUUCGAUUAAGAUAUUUGGGUCUACGAUCUUGCAAGCUAGGCCCGAGUUUUCCUAGUUGGCUCCAGACUCAAAGUUCAUUGGCUUAUCUGGAUAUAUCUGAUAAUGGGCUUAAUGGUUCCGUACCAGAAUGGAUUUGGAACAACAUGCACUUUUUGAACCGGUUGAAUAUGUCUCACAAUAAUCUCACUGGUACUAUUCCUAAUAUACCAUUGGAGCUUCAUGUUGGACCAUCAAUAAUUUUGAAUUCAAAUCAAUUUGAGGGCAUCGUUCCUUCAUUUUUGCGUCAAGCUUCAUUGUUGUUGCUCUCUGAAAAUAAAUUUUCGGACUUGUCUUCAUUCUUAUGUGACCAAAGGACAGUUGCAAAGUUGGCCAUUUUAGAUUUAUCAAAGAAUCAAAUAAAAGGACAACUUCCAGAUUGUUGGAAAUCUGUUGACAAAUUACUGUUUCUUGAUUUAAGAAACAAUCAAUUGUCAGGGAAGAUUCCUAUCUCCAUGGGCACCCUUGCUAAAUUGGAAGCUUUGAUUUUAGGAGGUAAUAGUUUAAUGGGUGAAUUGCCUUCAACUUUGAAAAAUUGCAGCAAUUUAUUUGUGCUGGAUGUGGAGGAAAAUUUCUUGUCUGGUCCAAUACCAUCAUGGAUUGGAGGAAGCAUGCAGCAAUUGAUAAUCUUGAUCAUGCGAGGGAAUCGCUUCUCUGGAAAUCUUCCUGUUCAACUCUGUUCUUUAAGGCUUUUGGGGCUUAAUAGGGACAAUACUAAUUUGGAAACCUUGGAGAAUUGCCUACACGAGGUGCUUGAACAGAAUUACAAACUGGCUAACGAUGUAGUGAAUGUGACAAAGUUCUGCCAGUGGCUCAAGGCUAGGCUAGCAGCUGCAUUGUAA